AUGACGACGGUGCCUGCCUCCGAGGACCGCGUCUUCCUGAUGGGAGAAGACAGGCUCCAGUAUGAGGGCCGGGUCUGGAACACCUUGGGCGCCCACUCAGGUCCCACCUGGAACCCCAUUCUCUCCUUCAUGGGUAACUACAUGGAUCAGGUGCCCCCGCCCCGCGCCAUCAGGGCAGCCCAGAGUCUGCUGGCUUGCGGCGUGGCUCAGGGAUUCCUGACUCCUGCUACUAGCUACGAGGUCAAAGGACACCGAGAUGUGUAGCAGACGCUCUCUCCGGGUGACCAGCUCUACGAAAUCAUCCAGCAAUGGUCACACUACCACCGCGUGUGA